GCUGAUGAAGCAGCUUCCAUUGUGGAGCUUGUGAAAAGGCCUUCCUGGGCUGAGGAAUAUUUUGCAACUCAGUCUGUAUGCCAGGCUAUAAAUAGCAUCCCAAGCAGGGCACGCAGCCCCAAGACCACCUACCCAACCUCCAGGCCUCCUGGACCAGCCAAGAGAGCCACGCAGUGAGGGAGACCCAGGUUCAAACCUUCAUUGGUACCCUGGGUGGUUCUGAGCAGAUCCCCAUCCCAGUCUCCCCUUUGUCCCACUCCACAGGGUUGCUGUGGCUUGUCAGUGCCAUGAGGGAGGCAUCCACAGAAGAACAUAGGAAGAGUCCUGCUGGAUCAGGCCAAAGGCCCAUCUAGUCCACAAUCCGCUCCUGCCUACGGUCAGUCAGACACCCACAAGGCGGGGGCUGAUGGCAACUGGCAUUGGAAAAGGUGCCCUGCUGCCAACAGUGGCUGGUAGCCAUUGAUAGCCAUUUCCUCCAUGAAUUUGUCUUGCCUCCUUCAUAAGAGCUGGUGGCCGUUGCUACUUCCUGUGGGAAGGAGACCCAAAGUUUAACCAGGCGCUACUCUGUCUUACACCUUCCAACAUUCAGCUUCACCAGACCGCCCUGCUGGCUUCUAGCAUGAUAUAGGUGGCUUUCUCUCUAUCCUCUUCCUCCACCUCGCACACCAUUUCGUAGGCAUUCUGCUUAUGCUCUGAGGCACUCCUCAUCCCCUUGUUUAUGGGCCAAGCUUAGCAUCAGGGAAAUAGUAGUUCUGCACACAGGGGCUGCUCUGAACCCCACCAUGUGCCCAGUGACUUUUUCCCUGUCUCCAGUUCCUGCGCUGAGAGGAAGAGAGGGAGAGUGACUGUGAGGGGUCGGGCUCUGGAUGAGGCCAGCUUGAUCCUCUGGGAGACAGACUUUUGUUCUGGCCUGUGCUGAGUCAGGGCAUUUGGGGAUGCACAGCGGAUAUAAAAAUCCCUCUGGAGAAGAGCUGAUGAGGAGAGUCUGGCUGGAGCUCACCAGGGAAGCAGAGUCUACCAUGAGUCAUCACAGUGGAAAAGUCUCUGGACUUUGGAAGAUUGUGGCCUGGGACGAGCCCGCCUUCCAGGGCCGGAAGCAUGAGUUCACCUCUGAGUGCUACGACAUCACAUUGUGUGGCUUCGACAAUGUCUGCUCAGCCCGCGUUGAGAGCGGCACGUGGGUCGGCUUUGAGCACCCCGGUUUCCAGGGGCAGCAGUUUGUGCUGGAGCAAGGCGACUACCCCUGCUGGGAAGCCUGGAGCGGAAGCAACGCCUACCAUGCCCACCGGCUGAGCUCCUUCCGGCCCGUCUCCUGUGCGAAUCACCGGGAGAGCAAGAUGACCAUAUUUGAGCAGGAAAAUUUUAUGGGACGCAAAGGGGAGCUGAGUGAUGACUACCCAUCUCUCAAGGCGAUGGGCUGGGGCAGCAAUGAGGUGGGGUCCCUCCGUGCGAGUUCUGGAGCAUGGGUAUGCUUCCAGUUCCCUGGGUACCGGGGCUUCCAGUACGUCGUGGAGAGCGAUUGCCAUGGGGGCGAAUACAAGCAUGUCCGGGAACUGGGAUCUCAUGCUCAGACCUCCCAGGUGCAAUCCAUUCGCCGAGUGCAGCACUGAGCAAGCCCCAUGCAGCGUCUGCCACUUGCCUGGCCCCUGGGUGGGUCUGCCAAGCCGAGGGUUACUUCAUCCUGUGCUCCCCUUGCCAUGCACUGGCACAGUGGAAUAAUUGCCAGGCCACAGCAAGGAUUUCCUCCGAUGGUGUGUUGUCAAGUGCAUUUGUUUAAACUCUUCUGAAUAUCUGGCUGUCACAGGCAGAGAGAAAAAGCCAAGGAUCUCUACCCAUCUAAUGUUGUAACCCAAGGCAUCUGGAAGACUCUCAGAAGGCAUUGCCUACUCCCACCUACCCCAAACCCAUGAACACCACAACUCUCAGGAGGCUGCAGUCUCCCUUUCAUGCCAGUGGUGUGGCAUCUUUACUAGGGAGCACUUCUCCCUCCCUUCCCACCCCUAUUCCAUCACCAGGCCAAGGAAAGUUUCACAUAUAAGCCAGAGAGAUGCCAGCCAGCAGUGGCUCUGAAGCAAUUAUAGGGCUGCUCCCUCAACUCAGACAACUGUCAAAUAUUCGCAAAGGAGUGGUAGAAGCAUUGUGCUGAUAAGAGUUUCACUCUUUGGGGUGGCAUGGGGGGUAGGAAAGGGGUGCGUGGGAGAGAAAUUUUGCACAGUGAAAUUGCUUGGUUUGUGCAUGAACUUCACUGCUUUAAGGUCGGAUUCCACUGCAGUAAUCAGGAGACAUUUCCUUACAAGAGAGAUUGGGGUGGGAGUUGGAGAUGAUCCCUGGGGAAUGGCUGAGGGAACUCCAUCAGGAAAUUAGUGUUGGCUGAAACUGCUAAUAAAAUCACCAUAUUAAUGACUGUCUCAA